AUGUCUAAUCGCGAUCCAGUCCUUCACGGCCAACACUCGCAGCGAUUCCACAACAUCAGCUACACGAUGAACCCCGCGGCCAACAACUUCGCUCCAACCGGUUCUCGGCACGGCGCGCCCAGCCAGGUGAGCACCCCUUCCUCUCCAUACUUGGAGGCAAGGACUCUCAACCUGGAAGAGAGGCAUGCAAAGAUACGCGCAGACAUCGACACUCUCCAAGAGAUGUACCAUGGCCUCUCAUUGUCCGUCGACAAGCUCAAGAAGGGCGGUUGGCCAGUACAUGUUGGCCCAUUCCAAGAGGUGGAUGUACAGAAAUCACACCAAAGCGCCGUAGAGUUCGGGAUCGAGCUGGAGAAACUUAAGGAAGAGGUUCAGGGAUCUGUAAACGGUGGCGCUGACGUACAAAAGGUGAACAGCAGUACGCCUCCCCAUCUCAGGACUUCCAGCGACACCAGCAGCGGUACAGUCAAGACAUCUCUGCCUCCGCAUUUGCGAGGUAAAAAGCUCGAGUCUACCAAUGGCCAAGUUACCCGCACCACCAACACCCAUCAAGUCGAUGUCGUCUCCAAGCAGAUCCCCACACCUGCUUUAAGCCCACCUGCUUCACCACUAAUUGCCGUCCAAGAUCCCGCCCUGUCCAUCGAAGGCGUUUCUCUGGAUGCAGCGUGGAAGCCUUACCAUCUUACAACCCUGCCCGCGUUCUCCGGUCAACUUUCCACAGGCAACGCCACCGUCACGUUCCAUCCUGACUUCCUCGCCAACACUUUGGGUGGAGCUUCCUGGUCACCUGGCCUGCGUUUCGUCUCAGGCAAGGGUCCAUGCAUGCUGAAGAAUCGUACAUACUACCAGCUCGAUCCGAAGAAUGAACCUUACCUGCCCAAGGCGCCUGGCGACCACGGUGCAAAGCUCACUGCCUUCUUCAACAAGGCCCCAGAAGAAGAAUACGGCGAUCUACUUGACGAAGACUCCAACUCGUACGAGGAUGUGCCCAUGUUCGUUCUCGUCGGAAAGCGCUAUAUGUACUACGGCAAUUAUUCGCAGACACGCUGGUCGGAUAAGCUGGACUAUGACACCAUGACGGCUAGAGUACCUCAAUACGUCAAGGAAUACUGGGCUGAAGAGCUCACCUCAUCGACGCGCGAGAAGUGGGUUACCGAAGAACUCAAGAAGCAUUUCUUUCGCAAGCCGGAGUACAGCGGCCGUCUCUUCGCUGCACCGGAUCACGAAACCACUGUUGACUCUGAGGAGGAGGUUGUGCUCACAAAGCAACUGACCAAAGACGUGCGCAAGUACGUUGAAGAGCUCCGUGAGUGGGAGCGUGAGGCCAACAUGAAGACCGCUAUGAUCAAGAAGCAGUCUAUCCUUGAGGCGUUUGACGCGUCUGAUAUGGAUGAGGCGCCUGCACUUCGCCUGUGGUGGGAGUACCUUGAGUGCGUUGACUGGAGGAAGGACUUCUACGAGCUCCUUGUCACGCUCCAAGAGCGCAACGCUAAUUGCUACUUACAGUAG